AUGAAGUGCAGCGUUUGUAGUUCUAUUUACACUGAUGGGGUGUACUGCAACGGUUGCCAACGUAAUAUGGACUUCUCCUGUGCAUCGAUUUCUGAAGCCGGUUACCGUAAACUCGGUCCCGAUCGUAGAGCGGGUUGGAGGUGUCCGCAAUGCAAACUGGCGUCCGCAAGCCCUAAGCCAGCCAAAGGCUCCGAAUGUGCUCCCCCCGGUGCCGUUAGUAUUGAGAUGGUUCUAUCAGAGGUACAAGAUCUAAAAGGUCAGUUCAGUAAGCUUUCAGAGAUUCUCGAAGAUGUAAAGUCAAUCAAGAAUGAAAUACUGAAUCUUAAGGAAUCCUUCGAGUUUAACAGUGCCAAGCUUGAAAGCUUGGAAUCUAGAGUAUCAGAUGUCGAAAAUCAAGUUGCUAAAAUACAACAAUCCGAAUUAAAACUCUCAGAGGAUGUUGCUUUACUUAAGAGGGAUAAUACUAACCGUGAGCAGUGGUCGCGUUUGAAUAAUUUAGAAAUCAAGGGUGUACCGCUUAAGACAAACGAGAACCUGUUCAAUAUAAUUGAGAACAUUUCAAAAAUAGUGGGAUACGCAUUUCCGAAGACUCAGAUUAAUUACAUCGCUCGUGUUCCGACACAUGGAUCGAAAGACAAGUCGAUUAUAGUUAGUUUUAUUAACCGAUAUAUUAAAGAAGAAUUUAUUGCUGCAUCGCGAGCUCAUAAGCGCAUAACAACAAAAGAAAUUGGGUUUGCAGAAGAUCGUUUUAUAUAUAUUAAUGACCAUCUUGUCCCGGAAUUGAAGAAAUUAUUGACUAAAACUAAAGAGCUCGCUAAGAAUAAAGAAUACCGUUAUGUAUGGGUUAAGUAUGGUAAAAUACAUGUAAGAAAGAAUGACAAGUCUCCUGUUCAAAUUAUCUCAAAAGAAUUAGAUUUAAACAAACUUCUUUAA